AUGGCCGCCGAUAUCAGGGUCUCGAUCGACCGCGGCGGCACCUUCUGCGACGUCAUCGCCCACGUCGACGGCCGCGAGCCCCUCAUCUUCAAGCUCCUGUCCGAGGACCCGGCCAACUACCCCGACGCCCCGACCGAGGGCAUCCGCCGCGUCCUCGAGGCCGUUGAGGGGAAGCCAGUCCCCGUGGGCGAGAAGCUCGACGGCUCACGCAUCGCAUCAUGCCGCAUCGGCACCACGGUCGGCACCAACGCCCUCCUGGAGCACAAGGGUGAGCGCUUCGCCUUCCUCACAACAAAGGGCUUCAAGGACGUCUGCGUCAUCGGCGACCAGUCCCGCCCCAAGCUCUUCGACCUGGACAUCCGUAAGCCCGGGGCCCUGCACGACGCCGUCGUCGAGGUCGACGAGCGCAUCGUCCCGGCCGACUACGACCUCAACCCGACGCCCCUCGACGAGCAGGCCGCCGUCGCCGCCGCCGAGGCCGCCGGGGACGCCGGGACCCUCGUGCGCACGGCGAGCGGCGAGUUUGUCCGCAUCCUCCGCCGGCCGGACCCGGACGCCGUCCGGGCCCAGCUCCGAGAGCUCCGCGACCGGGGCUACACCUCGCUCGCCAUCUGCUUCAUGCACUCCUACCUCCACCCGGCCCACGAGGACCUCGUCGCCUCCCUCGCCCGCGACCCGGCGCUCGGCUUCGAGUUCGUCACCACCUCGGCCGCCGUCUCCCCGACCAUCAAGUUCCUCCACCGCAGCACCUCGGCCUGCUCCGAGGCCUACCUCUACCCCGUUGUCCGGCGCUACGUCGACGCCUUCCGCGCCGGCUUCCGCGUGCCGCCCCGCCGCCUCGACUUCAUGUGCUCCGACGGCGGCCUCGCCGCCGCCGACCGCUUCCGCGGCAACGAGGCCCUCCUCAGCGGGCCCGCCGGCGGCGUCGUCGGCGUCGCCGCCUCGUGCUACGACCCGGACGACGGCACCCCCGUCAUCGGCUUCGACAUGGGCGGCACCAGCACCGACGUCUCCCGCUACGACGGCCGCUAUGACUACCUCACCGAGACAUCCAUUCACGCCUGCGACAUCGCCGACAAGCCCGGCAUCCGACGCGUCCUCAUCCACAAGUACUCGUCGCUGCUGUCGGCGUACGGCAUCGCCCAGGCCGAGCUGCAGCACGAGGCGUUGGAGCCGUACGGGCGCCGCCUGGGUGCAGACGCCGCGGCGGCGAUGGCCCACAUCGCCGCGCGGCUGGCGGCGCUGAAGGCGCGGGUGGGCGCGGAGCUGCGCGCCCAAGGGGCGGAGGAGGCGUCGGUCGUGUUCGACGAGAGCCUCGUGCUGCGGUAUUUCGGCACCGACACGAACCUCACGAUCGCACGGCCCGCAGACGGCGACUACGCGGCGGCGUUCGAGGCGACGCACCUCCGCGAGUUCGCCUUCUCGAUGCAGAGGGAUAUCGUCGUCGAGUCGAUCAAGGUCCGCGGCACGGGCAGCGCGGGCGCGCGGAUCCGGGAGGCGUCGGCGCUGAAGGAGCUGGCGGCCGGCGCCCACGUCCAAGCCCCGGCGCCGGGCGAGACGCAGGCCGUCUACAUCGACGGCGCAUGGCACGACACGGGCGUCUACCGGCUCGACGGCGUCCCCAAGGGCGUCGUCAUCCCUGGGCCGGCGCUGCUCAUCGACCAGACCCAGACCAUCUUCGUUUCUCCCACGUUCCGGGCCUACAUCCUCUCCUCCCACGUCCUACUCGACAAGAUCUCUCGUCCGUCACCUUCACCCGCCCUCACCACCGCCACCACCACUCCGACUCCCGGCCUCCCCUCGUCAUCUCCCGACCCGGCUGUCGACCCGAUCCAGCUCUCCGUCUUCGCCCAUCGCUUCAUGGCCAUCGCCGAGCAGAUGGGCACCACCCUCCAGCGCACCUCCAUCUCGACGUCCAUCAAGGAGCGCCUCGACUUCUCCUGCGCCAUCUUCUCCCCCUCAGGCAAGCUCGUCGCCAACGCCCCGCACAUCCCCAUCCACCUCGGCUCGAUGCAGUUCGCGAUCCAGGCGCAGCACCGCCUGUGGGAGGGCAAGCUCCAGCCCGGCGACGUCCUCCUCACGAACCACCCGCAGUGGGGCGGCACCCACCUCCCCGACCUGACCGUCGUGACGCCCGUCUUCGUCGACUCGGACCCCCCCUCGCCCACAAGUGGCGACGAAGACGACGCCCCCAGGCGCCAGGAGAUCGCCUUCUACGUCGCCUCCCGCGGCCACCACACCGACAUCGGCGGCAAGGGCAUCACCUCGAUGAUGCCCGAGUCCCGCGAGCUCUGGGAGGAGGGCCUCAACGUGCCCUCCCUCAAGAUCGUCUCGGCCGGCGUCUUCCUCGAGGACGCCGUCGUGGCCGCCUUCGAGCGCGCCGGCGCCUUCCCCGGGUGCAGCACCUCCCGCCGCCUCGCCGACAACUGUGCAAGGGCACUAGUUAGCGCAUUUCUUUGGUACGACUUCUCCGGCUCCGGGCCCCAGACGUGGGGCAACUACAACUGCCCCGUCGCCAUCUGCCACUCGGCCAUCAUCUACACCGUCCGCUGCCUCGUCGGCGCCGACAUGCCCCUCAACGAGGGCUGCCUGAGCCCCGUCGAGAUUCGCGUCCCCGCCGGUUCCGUCCUGAACCCGGGGCCGCGCGCCGCCAUCUGCGGCAGCACCCUGGCGAGCCAGCGCGUCAUCGACGUCAUCCUCCGCGCCUUCGGCCGCUACGGCGCCAGCCAGGGGUGCGCCAACAGCUUCGGCUGGGGCAUGGGCGGUAGGGACCCGCACACGGGCGCAGUCGUCAAGGGCUGGAACUACGGCGAGAGCAUCGGCGGCGGCGCCGGCGCAGGCGAGGGGUACCACGGGGCGCAUUCCGUCCAUGUCCACUCAACAAACACCCGCCAGACCGACGCCGAGGUCAUCGAGAAGCGCACGGCGGUGCUCGUCCGCCGGUACGAGAUCCGUCGGGGCAGCGGCGGGGCCGGCACGUGGCGCGGCGGCGACGGCAUCACGCGCGAGGUCCAGGCGCGCAUCCCGCUCAAGUUCAGCAUCCUCUCGGACCGCAGGGUGUACCGGCCGUGGGGCAUGGCGGGCGGCAGCCCCGGGCAGAAGGGUGAGAACUACGCUUUCCUCUUCAACGAGGAGGGCGGGAUGGAGAAGAUCAACUUGGGGGGCAAGGCCAUCAUCAACCUGAAGGAGGGGGAGUAUGUGCAGAUCAACACGCCCGGCGGCGGCGGGUACGGCGGUGACGAGGUGGAGGACAGACAUAGGGGGUAUGUCUGA